AUGUCGUCCGCGGCCGCGGCGCGAUGCGCCGUCGCGACCGCGACCGCGCCGCGCGCGCACCGCGCCGCGCUCGCGGCGUCGCGGCGUCGCGACCGCGCCGUGCGACCGCGGCGCGUUUCGCAUCGUCAGCGUCCGAUCGCCGCCGCGUCCGCCUCCUCCUCCUCCUCCUCCGGGGUCACGACCCCGGACGAAGAGACGCUCGCGAAGAUCCUCGCCGUCGCGACGGACGCGGCGAAGAAAGGCGCCGCGGUGAUGCUCCAAAAGCUCGGCGCGGACGUCGUGAAGACCAAGGCGAACACGCGCGAUCUCCUCACCGAGGUGGAUCCCGAGGUGCAAGAGAUCAUCUCCUCCGCGGUGAGAUUGGCGUUUCCGGAUCACGGCUUCCUCGGCGAAGAGUCCGUCCCGCCCGGCAUGGAGGCGUCCUCGAGAGCGCUGGACGAGAUCUUGACCGACGGGCCGGAGUACCUGUGGGUCGUGGACCCGAUCGACGGGACGACGAACUUCGUCCACGGGAUGCCCCUGAGCGCGAUUUCCAUCGGCGUCGCGCAUAAGGCGCGUUCUAUACACUGGUCCCCAUACGACCGCGUCGGCGUGGUGAACGCCGGCGAAGUCGUCGUCGCCGUGAUCCUCGAUCCGUUCGCCGGGGAGAUCUUCUCCGCGACGAAAAACGGCGGCGCGCGCGUCAACUUCUCCCCGUGCGUCGUCGGGGAGGAGCGCACCGGCGCGGAGGCGGUCGUCGUGACCGGGUACGGCGCGACGGACGAGUCCGCGGACGCCAUGGUCAAGGGGAUGAUCGCGUUGACGAUGCUCGGCAGCGCGGCGAUCAUGCUCGCGUGGGUCGCCGCGGGGAGGCUCACGGCGUACUACGAGUGCGAUCUGAACUCGUGGGACACCGCGGCCGGGGCGCUGUUGGUGCGAGAGGCGGGGGGCAGGAUGACGGACCUCGUCACCGGGGAGGAGUACGGAUUGCGAACGAGGGCCAUCAUGGCGAGCAACGGCGCGACGCACGACGAGCUGCGCGAGUGUUUGGUGAAGGGCGGCGUCAAGGCGUUGGCGGAUUACCCCUAG